AUGAGGCUACUCACUUGGAACUGUCAGGGUAUCGGGGGUGACUUGACAGUUGACAAUCUGCUAAAGCAGAAUCGGCUCCACACCCCUGACAUUGUGGUUUUGCUGGAAACCAAGAAUAAAAGUAGUCGGUAUGGGUAUCUCAAGAAUACAUGCACGCUGUGGAACCCAGAAACAUUGGGGGAGACCUCUGUGUAUUCUGGCGGGAUGUUUCCCAGGCGGCUUGGGAACAAUAAGGGAAUGACUCUUCUCAUCGGGGAUUUUAAUGACAUUCUGUGUAAUGAUGAGAAAGAGGGGGGCAACUACAGACCGAUGUCUAGUAUGCAAGACUUUAGAGAGUUUGUGGCUCAAAAUGAGCUCAUGGACUUGGGUUUUGUUGGCUAUCCGUUUACGUGGCGGAACAACCAAGAGGCGAAGCCUAUUCAGCAGCGCCUGGACAGGGGUUUGGCUACAAUGGGUUGGCAGGACCUUUACCCUGAGAACACAAUCAGGCACGUGGUUCUGGAAGGGUCGGAUCAUGCUCUGCUAUUUUUGUCCACGGAGAAAGAGGACGAAGCAGUGAUCUUCUCAAUUGCUACCUCUUAUUUCGCGGAGUUAUUUAAGUCGAGCAGGCCUGGGCAAAUCGAUGAGCUUAGGGAAUGCCUGGCACCACGUGUGUCUGCUGCGGACAACCUUGCCUUAACGGCAGCGGUGUCUGAGGAGGAAAUCAAAAUGGCUGUCUUCCAAAUCCCUCCAAUUAGGGCCCCGGGUCCGGACGGGUACUCUGGAUGCUUUUACCAGGAUCAUUGGGAUACAGUGGGCAAGGAUGUGAUCAAGAUAGUCAAAGCCUUCUGGCAUUCUGGUACUAUUAUGAGGAAACUGAAUCAUAUUAACCUUGUGCUUAUUCCUAAGGUUAAGUGCCCGAAGAACAUGACGCAAUACCGGCCUAUUGCACUAUGCAAUGUAAUCUACAAAGUCAUUGCCAAGGUUCUCACUAACCGGCUAAAGAUGGUGAUGCCAAAGGUGAUUUGUGGCAACCAAUCUGCCUUUGUGGCGGGGAAACAAAUUCAGGACAACAUUUUGGUGGUGCACGAGCUUAUACACUCACUACUUCAUAAAAAAAAAGGUGAUCAGACUGGCAUGGAUAUUAAGCUCGACAUGGCUAAGGCGUACGACCGCGUGAAGUGGGUGUUCCUCUUAUCCAUGAUGGCGAAACUGGGGUUCGCUCCUCUAUUUUGCAACUGGAUUAAGGAGUGUAUUUCCACUGCCUCUUUCAGCAUCCUAGUAAACGGGAACCCGACUGGGCUUGUCCUGUCGGAGCGAAGGCUGCGACAAGGAGACCCCCUAUCUCCCUAUCUCUUCCUGCUCUGUACGGAAGGUCUUUCUAUGCUCAUUAGGAGAGGGAUGGAGCGGGGUGCCCUCCACGGGUUAUGUGUGUCGGCUAAUGGGACCCCGAUCUCGCAUCUGUUUUUUGCGGAUGACUCGGUGUUAUUCGGUCAUGCAAGUGUGGAGGAGGCGAGAGGCAUCGUUGAGGUGUUACGGACAUACGCCCGUGGCUCGGGCCAAGCUGUUAAUCUGUCCAAAAGCUUGAUUUUCUUCGGCUGGAAGACCUCGAACAGGGUGAGGAGAAAGAUUGGCCGGACCAUGGGAAUCCAAUGCAAGACUGGGUUUGGUAGGUAUCUUGGGCUGCAAUCUGAUUUUGGCCACUCUAAAAGAGUGGUUUUUGAAGAGGUGCGGGACAGACUUGAAUCUCGGCUAACAGGUUGGGCUGAGCAAUUUCUAUGUCAAGCAGGAAAGGAAGUCCUUGUCAAGGCAGUGGCCAUGGCGAUGCCAAACUAUGCCAUGAGCUGUUUUAAACUACCCAUUGGGUGUUUUAAUCUGGCGUUCCCCGCCAAGAUUGGGUGGCGGCUGAUCCAGAAUCCGGGGUCUUUGCUCGCUAUUGUUCUGAAGGAAAAAUACUAUCCUGGGAAGAGUUUUACUGAGGCGGGAAAGGGGUCCAGCUCUUGGAAAAGUGAACUGAUUUUGGCAAGCUUUCACCGGGACGAUGUGGGACCGAUCUUAAGCAUCCCCUUAAGCAAGACUGGGUGCCGGGACCGGAUGGUGUGGCAUUACAACGCGAAUAGGGUUUACUCGGUUCGAUCGGGGUAUGGAGUGGCUAUGAACCUUAUGGAAAAUGGUGCUUUGGGGAAGAAAGGCCGAGGGUCUGCUAGCGACAAGCCAAAAAAUUGCUAUGCUUGGAACUUGAUCUGGAAGUUGAAGGGGAGAGACAACGCGGAGGAGAUCAUGCAGGAGUUUGCCUUUGGAUUAUGGAGACUGUGGAAAAACAGAAAUGAGGUGGUUUUUAAUGGGGUGUACCAGCAGCCCUUGGAGCUUUUGGAGGCCUGGAGCAGGAACAUCUCUGAAUUCAGAGACGCUACGCUCAGUGAGACUGCGGGCAAACAACCUCGGUGUCGACCGAUGAUCGCUUCUUUGGACCGGGGGGUUUGUAGAUGGGAGAAGCCGGCGUUCGGGGUCCUCAAGGUCAACACUGACGCCUCGUGGUGCAAGACCACCCUCCGCACGGGGGUGGGCUGGGUCUGCCGCGACUUUGCUGGAUUACUUCAUGGUGCAGGGGGAUCAGGAGUUGAGCUGUGUCACUCCGCGGCUGUUGGGGAAGCUGCUGCAAUUAGGACCGCCCUCAUGGCUUGCAUUGACUAUGGGUAUGAUAAUGUUGUUAUUGAAUCUGAUGCCAAAGUGAUUAUUCAGAUGAUUAGGCAUGAACUGGAUCAUGAUUUCAGUCUUGAAUGUAUUCUUGGUGAUAUUGAGGUUCUAGCGUGUAGGUUGAGGUCAGUUUCGUUCUCUUACGUGCCUAGGGAGAGCAAUGUUGCUGCUCACUCGGUUGCUAAGUUUGUUUUCAAUAAGGGUCGUGAAUUUGGGUGGGACUGUAUUGGGCCUGAAUUUUUGUUUAAUAUCCUAGCCCAGGAUGUAAACCUUUCUAUUCGUAUCUAA